CUCUGAGUAAACAGCAUUCUAACGAGAUAUGUCUGCAUUAAGCAGUUGCUUUAGACUUCCGCUGUAAAACCGUGGCAAAACAAAGCAAUCGGACUAUCUUGCGCGGAAUUUCGGAAGGCAAUAGAAUUUCUCUCAAACGUACGUCAUUCACUUUCCGGGGAAGUAAGUAUCAAGCUGCAUUAGAGAAAUGGGUUAUUAUGGCUCUUGACAGACUGCCAAACAUUAGAAACAUUUCUCCUGCCCAUUCAGCAAGACUUGUUAUGUUAGAAGUUUUUCAAAAGUUGUUUUUUGUUUGACAGAACGAGAAAAGCUGGAAGACGUAACGUAAAAUAAUGUUUACCACCAGUACGUCAUCGGAGAGAAAAUUUGCCAACAACCAAACAAUGUGGUCUUUUAUCGUUAAUAAAAAUAGUUCCAAUGAGACUAAAGAUGAGAUCCAACAAUUCGCCACUCAUGGUAACAACACAGUUUUUGUUCAGUACCCAUCACAGCUAAUGGACUUUGCUGCUGCUUGCUUCAUUGCCUUUGCUAUCAUUGGAGUUACAGGCAACUUCAUAUCCAUCGUAGCAUUAUCGAAAUGUAAGAGAUUGCGAAAUGCAACAACAGCUUUCAUUUUAAAUCUUUGCGUGGCUGAUUUUUUAUUUUGCAGCUUUUCUAUGCCUUUGACCGCACUAACGUUUUUAGAGCGGGACUGGAACUAUGGAGACGUACUUUGCAAACUUUUUCCACUAGUGAGAUAUUCCAAUGGAGCUGUGUCUCUUUUUAGCGUAAUUGCAAUCACCGUGAACAGAUAUAUUUUAGUCGUCCAUCCUAAUCUCUACAGGGACAUGUACAAAGCCAGAAAUAUUGCCAUCAUGAUAUCGCUCAUUUGGAUUUCAGCUUUGGUAUUAUUAUUAUUUCCUCUUAUAGAAGUAUGGGGUCGGUUCGGCUUUGACCCGAAGGUUGGAACAUGCAGCAUUUUGAAGCUGAAUGGCAGAUCUCCCAAAAUGUUUCUUUAUAUUACAGCCUUUGGUCUGCCUUCCCUGGUAUUUGUAUAUGGUUAAUGCAAGAAUGAUUGGGUUGUUCUU